UGCGGUGAUUUCAGUGACUUUGAAGAAAAAGGCGAUCUCUGCGCUUGUCCGUGACUAUAGAAACGUGAUAAUUGACGUAAGAUCAUGGAUCAAGAAAUCAUAAGAUGUGAUGUACAUUUUCAUAAUCGUAACGAAUCGACGCGUCGAAAUUAUUGUAAACGAUUGUUGAUAACAUUUUUAAAUACAUUUAUACGUUUUGCGCUUAUAUUUAUUGUUAUUUUACCUUCUAGUUUCGCACACUUUAACAGUAAGAAUAAAGACUAACCUACCUUAGCCAUAAUAUUAAUUUCAAAAACACCCGCGAAAAAAUUCCGUAGGUGUGUCCUUGAAGUGCCUUCGAAUCGAAAGAUGUGCGUUCUCUGUCCGAAAAAUUAUGUGUGAUAGGAAGUUACACGAGUGAAGAAAAUUUUAUUACAUCAAUAAUUUUAGAAGAAAACUCCAAGAUAUAUUCCUCAGAAAAUUUACGUGACAUUUGACAUAAUUAUUUAUAACGAAUUUUUACGCUGUGACUCACAUGUUUCUUUGACACUUUCAAACGAAUAAGUGAUAUUACUGCGCGCCUCCGACCAAUGAACAAACAGUAUUUUUGCAAUCUAAAGGCCGGCGUGUCAAACCGUGCUCUUGUUUGUUGACCUUCAGCACUGUCUUUAAUAAAUAGAGGUCAACUUGUACAGAACGUUCUACCAAUCUUACGAAUGAGAACAAACGCUGCUCUGCGUUGUGCUGUCACUUAUUAGUUUACAGCCGAUAUUUGUAGGUAGCACACGCUUAUGGCUAUGCUUAUGUGUAACAAAAUAUGGAUAAAUAAGAUACGAUAUCUAUAUUUGAUAAAUUUUCUCUAAAACAACUAAGUGUGAUUAAGUAUAUCUUAUUUACCUUGACAAUAGAUUCAGCUAUGUGUUUUUUUUGCGAUAUUGGAAGCACAUUUUUAAGAAGAUUUAAAAACUUUAUACAAUAUUUAUGCAAUUGCUGUUGUUUAAGGUUAGCCUGGCCUUAUUUUCAGAAAGGAACUGAAAAUAUGCCAGAGUAUAAUACAUUGAGCCCCGACUCUGAACAAAUAAGAGUUCUAACUGUGAAUAAUGGAGAACACCUAGAUGGAAUAUUAUAUAAAUUGAAAAAAGGAUGGAAGGUUGAGUUUAGACUUGGAGCUUCUCUUCUUGGACAGACACUAAAUGUUUUUAUAAAUUAUCCGUUACCGGCUGAAAAAAAAUUCGAGAGGCACACUUAUUAUCAAUUGCCAUGGGUUGAUGAAUCAGCGACUGUACAUUUAACUUUACCUGGUUCCUACCAUUACUAUGUCACUGAUCAAGUUAAAGGUAGUACAUCUGCACCUUGCCCAUUCCAAAUAAAACCUGUUGCAUCUGGAUACCUGCUGGUGGAUCCUGAGUUGAAAGUAGGUGAAAAUGAGGACUUGUCUUUGGAUUGUAUUCAAAUUCAAACAAUCUUGGCAAAGUGUCUGGGACCUUUUUCUACAUGGGAAGAUAAAUUACUGGUAGCUCGAAAUUCUGGAUACAAUGCACUUCACUUUACACCAAUUCAGGAAUUAGGGCACUCUAAAUCAUCAUACAGUUUGAGUGAUCAAAUGAAACUUAAUCCUUCUUUUCAUGACAACAACAAGAUAAUUACUUAUCAUGACAUUGAACGAUUUGUUAAUAUGAUGCGAACUGAAUGGAAGAUGUUAAGCAUAUGUGAUAUUGUUUUAAACCAUACUGCAAAUGAGAGUCCUUUUCUAGUUUCUCAUCCAGAAUGCACGUAUAAUUGCGUCAAUAGUCCUCAUUUACGUCCAGCGUACAUUCUAGAUGCAGCAUUAUUUGAAUUAUCGAUACAAGUUGCUUCUGGAGAUUGGGAGUUUAAAGGUAUUCCUGCUGUAAUUGAAACCGAAGACCAUUUAAAUGCGAUUCGUCAUGCUCUACACUCGCAUUUCUUGCCGCUUGUAAAAAUACAUGAAAUGUAUAUCGUGGAUAUUCAUGAAAUUAUAGCGGAAUUCUUGAAUUUGGCGCGUAACGAAAUGCCGCAAGAUGUGUCUGAUGCAAAAGGUAAAGACAUUUCGGUGAUUCAAGAUCCCAACUUCCGUAAAUUGAAAUCAACCAUAAACAUGCAACUUGCUUUGCAAAAAUACAACACGUACAGAGCUGAUUGCUUUGACGAGGACACUCGUUUAAAACGGUGCGCGGAAGAUUUGAAGCAUAAAUUAGAAGAACUCAACGAAGUGAUCAUCAACGAUCUGCGAAACCAUCUGAAUGCUGCAGUUGAGAAUACUGUUGCCAGCAUAAGAUAUUUUAGAGUGCAAUCUGAUGGUCCAAAAAUUAAAGAAAUCAGCGAGAAAAAUCCUCUCGUUCCUAGAUACUUCACUGAUUAUGGAGCACCCAGAUCUUUAACUGAAAGGGAAAACACAAUGUAUUCGGAUAAUGGAUGUUAUUUAAUGGCUCACAAUGGCUGGGUAAUGAAUAGUAAUCCUUUGAAGAAUUUUGCUGAUCCUGACUCUAAUGUUUACAUUCGAAGAGAGCUUAUUGCUUGGGGAGAUAGCGUAAAACUCAGAUACGGGGAAAAACCGGAGGAUUGUCCUUUCUUAUGGCGACAUAUGACAGCUUAUGUAGAACAAAUAGCACAGAUAUUUGACGGUAUUCGAUUAGACAAUUGCCAUUCCACACCGAUUCCUGUUGCUGAGUAUAUGCUUGACGCUGCACGAAAAAUCCGUCCGAAUCUUUACGUUGUCGCGGAAUUGUUCACCAACUCAGAUCAGAAAGACAACAUUUUUGUAAAUCGUCUUGGUAUUACUUCUUUGAUUAGAGAAGCUAUGUCUGCAUGGGAUAGUCACGAAGAAGGAAGAUUAGUUUACCGAUAUGGAGGUGAACCAGUAGGAGCGUUCUUGCAAUCGCGAAAACGUCCGUUAGUACCGAAUAUCGCUCAUGCUCUGUUCCUGGACGUAACCCACGAUAAUCCUAGUCCGGUGGAAAAGCGGAGCACUUUCGAUUUAUUACCAAGUACCGCACUUGUAUCGAUGGCGUGCUGUGCUAGUGGCAGUAGUCGCGGUUACGACGAACUGGUUCCUCAUCACAUACACGUGGUAGAUGAAGAAAGACAGUACUCUUCCUGGACCAAUGAUGACAAUUUGGUAGACAAUGUUAAGUACAUUAAUUUGAAGACUGGUAUAAUUGCAGCUAAAAAGGCACUAAAUGAAUUACAUUAUACGCUUGGCAAGCAAAACUUUUCCCAGGUAUUUGUCGAUCAAAUAGACAGUGACAUAGUAGCGGUAACGAGACACUCACCAACUACUCACGAGAGUGUAGUUCUAGUCGCGUUCACGGCUUUUAAACAUCCUGAUUCCAGUGUUCAGUGUGAUUUCAAGAGACACAUAAAACCUUUAAGAGUUGAGGGAAUAGUGGAAGAAAUAAUUUUGGAAGCGAGCCUUUCACACGUUGACGUCAAAAAUGGUAAAACGACUUUCAGUCUGCCUGAAAAAUAUGUGAAGGAUGAACAUUUCAUAAAUGGGUUAUCGGAAUAUGCGGUAUCUCUCAAGCAGCACAUACAAUGCUGCGACUCUGCGAUGGUCCAAAAAGUCGAUUCCGGUGAUCCUAAGAUCACUCAACUCAAUUUCGUGAACUUCCAGCCCGGUUAUGUCAUAGCUAUACGAGUGGCUUUGCACGCGAAUAUAAAACCUGCUCUCACGGAUCUUCAAAAUGUUAUUUCGCGCAUCACGUCCAAUAAACCAUCAGACCUGCAUGAUAUUAUAUCUCGUAUGGAUUUCGCAGAUAUGAAUAAAGCUCUAUAUAGAUGCGACCAAGAAGAGCGGGGCGAAACAAUGAACAAAUUUGGGGUAUACGAUGUGCCAGGAUAUGGACCAUUGGUAUACGCUGGACUGCAAGGUGUUAUAUCUUUAUUGGCUGACAUUCGUCCAAAUAAUGAUCUAGGACAUCCCUUAUGCGACAAUCUUCGACAAGGCAACUGGUUGAUCGACUACGUGUGGCAACGUUUGAAUGAGGAUAAUGGCACUAAACCUCUCGGAGCGUGGCUUCAGCAGGCGAUGGAGCCAUUUAAAACAAUCCCGAGAUACUUAGUGCCAAGCUAUUUCGAUGCUAUAAUUGUGAACGUUUAUAUCAGCCUCGUAGAUCAUUGCUACAACUUGAUGUCGAAUUUCGUGAAGAAUGGGACUACGUUUAUUAGAAUACUGAGCCUGACUUCGAUACAGAUGUGCGGCGUAGUGAAAUCGUCGCUGUUACCGGACUUAUCGCCGAAUCUCAGUCCACCAACGCCGAAAACGGAACAACACGAUGAACAGAAUAAGCAGAUCUGCUUAACACUGUCAGCAGGCUUGCCGCAUUUCACGACAGGUUACAUGAGAAAUUGGGGCAGAGAUACCUUCAUUGCUUUGAGAGGGCUGUUGCUUUUAACCGGCAGACACAUAGAGGCGAGAUUCAUAAUUCUUGGAUACGCUGGCACCUUGAGACAUGGCCUGAUACCUAAUCUACUCGACAAAGGAAACAAUGCUAGAUACAACUGCCGUGAUGCUCUGUGGUGGUGGCUCUACACCAUAAAGUGUUACGUUGAUGAAGUCCCGGACGGUAUAAAAAUUUUGUCCGAUAAAGUCUCAAGACUGUUCCCUACUGACGAUUCACCACCUUUGCCUGCAGGACAAGUGGAUCAACCGUUGCACGAAGUAAUGCAGGAAUCUCUUACGGUACAUUUCCAAGGUCUGUGCUUCAGGGAGAGAAACGCGGGAAGACAAAUCGACGAGCACAUGACCGAUCGUGGGUUCAACAAUCAGAUUGGCGUUCACCCUGAAACAGGCUUCGUGUUCGGCGGCAACGACGCCAAUUGCGGAACUUGGAUGGAUAAGAUGGGGUCCUCCGAGAAAGCUGGUAACAAAGGGAAACCGGCUACACCCAGGGACGGUUCUGCUGUGGAGAUAGUUGGGCUGAGCAAAUGCAUCCUCAGUUUCCUGGCCGAAUUAUACAAACAAAAUCUCUUCCCAUACGGUAGCGUUCAGCGCAAAAAUCGUGACGGAAAAGUGAUAACUUGGAGUUAUAAGGAGUGGGCCGACAAAAUUGCCACGAAUUUCGAAAAGUGCUUCUACGUGAACGAAGUUCCGACGAAGGACGAGUUGAAACCUAAUCUGAUCCACCGCCGAGGCAUAAUCAAGGAUAGUUACGGAGCAACGCAAGAAUGGGCGGAUUAUCAAUUGCGGCCUAAUUUCACUAUCGCUAUGGUUGUUGCUCCGGAUCUGUUUGAUCCUCAUCAUGCGUGGAAUGCGUUGAAAAAGGCGGAGGAGAUACUACUGGGUCCUUUGGGCAUGAAAACAUUAGAUCCUGCGGAUUGGGCUUACAAUGGUUAUUACGAUAAUUCCAACGACAGUAAUGACCCGAAAGUGGCGCAUGGAUGGAACUAUCAUCAAGGACCUGAAUGGAUUUGGCCGAUGGGAUAUUUUCUGCGAGCGCGUCUGCACUUUGCACCGUUAGUCGGCGGUGAAGACGAGUUACGUCGCGUGAUUGGAUCGACCGAAACCAUCAUUUCUCGGCACUUCAUCGAAGCAUCCACCAACCACUGGAGAGGCCUCCCCGAGCUUACCAACAAGAACGGCGACUAUUGCAAGUAUAGUUGUCGCACUCAAGCGUGGAGCUCCUCGUCCAUAUUCGAGGUACUGUACGAUCUGCAGAAGAUCAAACAGGAAUUGCGAUCGGAAUGCGUGAAGCUCACGAAUUGA